AUGUCUCCCCGUAAAGAGAAGACCGAUCCCGAGCCCGUCCGCAUCAGCCAAGUCUUGCAUGAUAGAUACGAAAUCAUCAAGAAGUUGGGAUCUGGGCGUUACUCGACUGUCUGGCUAGUGAGAGACCAAGAAGAAGUAUCCUAUAAGGCAGUGAAAAUACUAACCCCAGACUGCUACGAUGGCAACCAUGACCUGUUCGAGUUGGAGAUUUUGAAGCACCUCCGUACAGCAGACCCACACCAUCUGGGCUAUCAGCAUAUUCCGAUUCUGCUGGAUGAUUUUGUUAAUGAGGGGCAACAGGGACGUCAUGUAUGUCUUGUGAUGGAAUUGAUGGCGGUUGAUAUGAAUGGGUUUGCUCUUUUCUUUGAUGAUAUCAAGAAUCCUAAUCACAUUAUGAAGAUUAUUACGAAGCAGCUGCUGUUGGCUUUGGAAUAUGCACAUCGCUCGGGGGUGAUUUAUGCGGACAUCAAACAAGAUAUCAUCAUGAUAAAAGUCCGAGAUCCCACAAUCGUCAACCAAUACCUAAAAGGUAUUCAAUCCAAGACAAACCCAUCCCUAGGCGUGCACAACUUCGACACCCGCUCCGAGCUAUCCGACAUCACCAUCGUGCUUUGCGACUGGGGAUCUGCCAGCUGGGAAGACAAGCAUCUCACCCCCCUAAUACAACCUCUACUUGCUCCGUGCCCCGGAAUCGACAUCUGGAAUCCGAGUGCCCUUCUUCCGGAGCUGUUAGAUGCGGUUCGCAUGUUUGAUGGUAGGGCUGAUGUGACCGGGGGAAAGUAUUACACGAAGCAUCAUCUUGAAGAGAUUGAUGCUUUGUUUGGGCCCUUUCCCUCUGGGAUGUUGGAAGAUGGUGACCAGGUUGUUGUGCAGCAGUUUUCUGAUGGGAAGUGUCAGAAACCAUCUUAG